CAUAAAUUCAGACAACAGUCACAACAGCACCGUGCCGUCUCACCUCCACACACAACGCAAUCAUGGCUUCCGAGCAGGGUGCAAGCACUGACUUGCCCUCGCGCCCUGCCGCCGAGGGCGCAGACAAUCUGCACAAGGACGAUGUCACUGGCGAGAUGAUCUCCAAGUCUGAGCUUAAGAGACGUCAGAAGCAGCGCGCGACUGAGGCUAAGAAGGCUGAGAAGGCUGCUAAGGCGCCCCCGAAGCCGAAGAAGGCGGCGAAUGAGUUGGACAACUCUGAUUUGAAUCCGAAUCAAUACUUCGAGAUUCGAUCCCGACAAGUCCAGAAGCUCCGCGAGACCAAGGAGCCAAACCCAUACCCACACAAGUUCCUCGUCAAUACCAGUAUCCCGAAGUUCAUUGAGAAUUACUCUAAUCUCAAGACUGGCGAGACCAAGGAGGAUGUGCCUAUUCGGAUUGGCGCUAGGAUAUUGACCAUGCGGUCCUCGGGCAACAAGCUCCGCUUCUACGAUGUUAAGGCAGAAGGAACACGAGUCCAAGUCAUGUGCCAGGCCCAGUAUGCUACUGGAGAUGUCCCCUUCAUUGACCAGCACGAGCCUCUGAGAAGAGGAGACUGGAUUGGCAUAGUUGGCUUCCCUGGCCGUACGAAGCCGGACAAGAAGGAAGAGGGCGAGCUAUCAAUCUUCGCCCAAUCCGUCACGCUCCUCACCCCAUGCCUCCACCAACUCCCGACGGACUACUAUGGCUUCAAGGAUCAAGAGCAGCGUCAUCGCCAGAAAUUCUUGGACUUGAUGAUCAAUGACGCCACACGGAAUACCUUUGUCACGCGAACUAAGAUUGUCAAAUACGUUCGAAGCUUCUUCGAUGCCCGGGAUUUCCUCGAGGUCCAGACCCCGAUGAUGAACAAGAUCGCAGGUGGCGCUACAGCCAAGCCCUUCAAAACCUUCCACAACGAUCUAAACAUGGACCUGUACAUGCGAGUUGCGCCAGAGCUGUAUCUCAAGAUGCUGGUCGUCGGUGGCCUGGAGCGAGUGUACGAAAUCGGUAGGCAAUUCAGGAACGAGGGUAUCGAUCUGACCCACAACCCUGAAUUUACCACCUGCGAAUUCUACCAGGCUUUCGCAGACUACUAUGAUCUAAUUGAGAUUACUGAGGAUCUGGUCUCGGAGAUGGUCAAGUCAGUAACUGGAAGCUACACGACCAAGUACCACACCCAGCACGGAGAGGAGUACGAGGUCAACUGGGCCAAGCCGUGGAAGAGGAUAGAGAUGAUACCCGCACUGGAAGAGGCUACUGGAGAGACGUUCCCACCAGGAGACCAGCUUCAUACGCAGGAGACGAACGAGUUCCUCAAGCGUGUGCUGAAGAAGGUCAAGGUAGAAUGCAGUUCACCUCUCACCAACGCCCGAAUGAUCGACAAGCUCGUAGGCGAAUUCAUUGAGGAAAAAUGCAUAAACCCCACCUUCAUAACCGGCCACCCGCAAAUGAUGUCCCCCCUCGCCAAAUACCACCGCUCCACGCCCGGCCUCUGCGAGCGCUUCGAAGCCUUCGUAUGCAAGAAGGAAAUCGUCAACGCCUACACCGAGCUGAACGACCCCUUCGACCAGCGCCUGCGCUUCGAGGAGCAGGCCAACCAGAAGGCCCAGGGCGACGACGAGGCCCAGCUCAUCGACGAGACCUUCUGCCAGUCGCUCGAGUACGGCCUCCCGCCCACGGGUGGCUGGGGCAUGGGCAUCGACCGCAUCGUCAUGUUCCUCACGGACCAUUACAGCAUCAAGGAGGUGCUCACGUUCCCGUUCAUGAAGGAUCUCCCCGGUGAUCAUGCCAAGACGGCCGCGGAGGUUGUGGGCGUGACGGCGGUGCCGGAGGAGGGGAUUCCGCAUAAGUGAGUGCCGCCUCUCCAAUAGCGAUGAUGUUGGAGGAGGUGGGCUUUGGAGCAUUUUGGGAAACGUGGGCUGUGGGCGGUUCACUUAGCACAGUGAGGCGGCGGUGGCCUUGGUUUCCGCCUAGCUUCAUGGAUUCGAGCAUGGCGAGGAGUAGUCCACACCUGUAUUGGCCUGUCGUCCAGCACGGAGACGAAAAAAAAAAAAAAAAACCAAUGAAAAUCCUAUCUGAGUC